GUCUGUUUCUCCAUAAACACAUCCAUUUGAUCAAGAGUCUUCAACACUUCGGGAGGCUAUUAAUAUUUUCCUUGGAAAUUUUAUGAUUUACUAAAGUUUGAAUAGUAAGUUAUCACUUGAUCUAUGCAUUUCAAAUUGUUGGACUUGUUCUAGUUUGAAGUCAUCAAAGGAAUGAUUAUAUGGACAUUUCAUAUCCUUUUCAUUCCUACGUAGUGAGGAAGAUUCUAGGGUUAGUGUCUCAACUAUGCAUGUAUGUGGCUGAAUCACAGCCUCACAUUUCCUUUACAAUUGCCUAAACAUCACUGCAUAGUGGUGUCACACGACUAGGGAGCAGGGCAUUUUAUGAACGCCAUCACACACACAGUUCCAUUCACACAGUCAUAACACAUCAGAUCAGAAAAAAUUUAUUAACAUAAAGUAAAAUGGCUUAGGGACUCUGCAAUACUGAUCUUUCUCGAAUUAUUUUACUUUUUUUUUUGAAAACAUUGAAUUCCUCAUUACCUUAAGGGUGAGGUUAACUUGCCAGUAGCAGGUUUGAGAGAUGAGAGCUAAGGUCAGGGGAGAGUUGUUUUCUUUUACAAAUAACACUCCAUUAUGUAUUGUUCUCCACCACCCACGCCCAGCAGCUACUCGACCUAUGAAACAAACAAAUAGCAGGGGAACAUAGAUAACCCCAGGCUUCAGGUUUUUAAUCUGACUGUGGCCAUCGGCAGCCAGAAAUGAGUUUCUUUCUAAUCAGCCUUCCAUCAGUCCCCAGUCACUCAUAUAAAGGGGCCUGGAAGGGGAAGAUUCGCAUCGUGUUUUCUUCAGCACCAGGGUUCUGGUCAGCGCUCCGAGAGGUCUGCUGCCUGCCAGCUCCUCUCACCUCACCGCGGCUGCUGCCCUGCUAGUCCCCCUGCUGCAGAGGAAGCAAAUUACAUCGGGACCCAUGCAGCCAGCAAUGAUGAUGUUUUCCAGUAAAUACUGGGCAAGGAGAGGGCUUUCCCUGGAUUCAGCAGUGCCUGAAGAGCAUCAGCUGCUCGCCAGCUUAACACUAAAUAAAACUAACUCUGGCAAAAAUGAUGAUAAAAAAGGCAGCAAGGGAAGCAGCAAAAGCGACACUGCUACCGAGAGCGGCAAGACGGCAGUUGUGUUCUCCUUGAAAAAUGAAGUUGGUGGAUUGGUCAAGGCGCUGAAACUCUUCCAGGAAAAACAUGUCAACAUGAUUCAUAUUGAGUCCCGGAAAUCCCGGCGGCGAAGUUCGGAAGUUGAAAUCUUUGUGGACUGUGAGUGUGGCAAAACGGAAUUCAAUGAGCUCAUUCAGUCACUGAAAUUUCAAACCACGAUCGUGACGCUGAAUCCGCCCGAGAACAUUUGGACGGAGGAAGAAGAGUUGGAGGACGUGCCCUGGUUUCCCCGGAAGAUCUCGGAGUUAGACAGGUGUUCUCACCGAGUUCUUAUGUAUGGUUCGGAGCUGGAUGCCGACCACCCAGGAUUUAAAGACAAUGUCUAUCGACAGAGAAGGAAGUAUUUUGUGGAUGUGGCCAUGGGUUACAAAUACGGUCAGCCUAUCCCCAGGGUGGAGUACACGGAGGAAGAGACCAAGACUUGGGGCGUCGUGUUCCGGGAGCUCUCCAAACUCUAUCCCACUCACGCCUGCCGGGAGUAUUUGAAAAACUUCCCUCUGCUGACGAAACACUGCGGCUACAGGGAGGACAACGUGCCCCAGCUGGAAGACGUCGCGGCGUUUCUGAAAGAAAGAUCUGGCUUCACGGUGAGGCCAGUGGCCGGAUACCUGAGCCCUCGGGACUUCCUGGCGGGACUGGCCUACAGAGUGUUCCACUGCACUCAGUACGUCCGCCACGGCUCGGACCCCCUCUACACCCCGGAGCCAGACACGUGUCAUGAGCUGCUGGGACAUGUCCCUCUGCUUGCGGACCCUAAGUUUGCUCAGUUUUCACAGGAAAUAGGCCUGGCAUCUCUGGGAGCAUCGGAUGAAGAUGUUCAGAAACUAGCCACAUGCUAUUUCUUCACGAUUGAGUUUGGCCUUUGCAAACAAGAAGGGCAGCUGCGGGCAUAUGGCGCUGGACUGCUUUCCUCCAUUGGAGAAUUAAAGCAUGCUCUUUCUGACAAGGCGUGUGUGAAAGCCUUUGACCCAAAGACAACCUGCUUGCAGGAAUGCCUUAUCACCACCUUCCAGGAAGCCUACUUUGUUUCAGAAAGUUUUGAAGAAGCCAAAGAAAAGAUGAGGGACUUCGCAAAGUCAAUUACCCGUCCCUUCUCAGUCUACUUCAAUCCCUAUACUCAGAGUAUUGAAAUUCUGAAGGACACCAGGAGUAUUGAAAACGUGGUGCAAGACCUCCGCAGCGAUUUGAACACCGUGUGUGAUGCCUUGAACAAAAUGAACCAGUAUCUGGGGAUUUGAUGCCUGGGACCCUUGUCACUGCCAGCAUGAUCUUUUGGGGGCUUAACAACAAUUCAAUGUCAUAUAACACCGAUAGCUUUCUGUGUCAUGGCUUGGCUAGUAAGCACGCAAUUCUCUGUAUUCCUACCUACUUGUAACUUACUGUGAUAAUGUGCGAAACACGAUAAAGAACCCAAUGGCAGAUAGCCACUCACUGUAUGGAACAGGUUUAAAUGUCUUAAAUAAAUUUGACAUUCCA